AUGUUCAACCAACAAGAUGGUCUCGAGAGAGGUACCAUGUCUUCUGCCGAAACUCGCAUUCCACCAGCAACUUUUGAACAAAUGUACUUCGCUCCAAAGCCUGAACUCAAGCGAGACUUGGCGGAGAGAUUGGGCAACCCAACUGGAAUAGCUGUUGCAGGGUUCCUGCUUUGCACCACGCCACUUUCAAUGCAACUGCUUGGUUGGCACGGCUCAGAUCAACUUGGGUUGGCCACAGUGGGAGCCUAUUUCUGGAUCGGUGGACUGUUACUCUUGCUUGGGGGUAUUGGCGACUGGAUAUUAGGCAACACCUUCCCUGCAACCGUCUUUCUCACGUUCUCGGGUUUCUUCUUCACGUUCGGCGCGACUCUUUUGCCAUCAUACAACGCAUACGGUGCUUACGGAGCUGAGGCCGAUAACGUGGCAGCAAAUUGGACGAGCAUGCGACAAUUCCACUCGACGUUCGCCUUCUUCCUGGUGAGCAUGACCCUGCUUUGCACGGUAUACUUCAUCGCCAGCAUUCGCACGAACGUCACUUUCGUGUUAAUAUUUGGCUUCCUAAUUCCAACAUUUUCCUGUCUCUCGGCUUCAUACUUCGCGUACGGAAGUGGUAACGUGCACACCGGAGACCGCCUUCAAUAUGCUGGUGCUGGACUCUUAUUCGUCAUAUCACUGAUAGGUUGGUACGAGUUUCUUGCAUUGAUGCUGUUAUCUGUCGACUUUCCUUACCAGUUGCCACUGGGCGACCUCUCGACGAAAGUGAAGAGCUUCCAGGAGGUACAGAAGAUCAAGAAGGAGCGGAAAGGCGAAUGA